AUGAAGAAAAUGUCAAUUUAAGCAUUAGAUGAUGAAUAAUUAUUAAAAGAUUUAAAGCAAUUGAUUGAAAAGGAAAAAGAAAAAGUAUCACAAAGUUAAAUCAUAACAACUUUAAAAAAUAAAGAUUCUAUUUUUAAAAAGGAUAUUACAUCUUAAUUAGAAUCUUUGUAAUAAUAGGAUUAAUAAGAUAUUUAAUAAUCAUUUGAUAUUCUCAAGGAUAUUUAAAGUAUUAAAUUUAUCAAAUUGUUUAUAGUGGAAAAAAAUUUAAUUAGUCAAUUAACUGGGGUGAUCUAAGAAAUCUAAAAAUGCGCAUAAAAGGAUGAAAAUUAUAAAAACCAAAUUAAUUUUACCAAAGAAAUUUAAGAAUUAAUCGAUUAAGCUAAAAAAUAUCAAUGUCAACUGCAUCUAUUUGAUUAGGCUAUUACUGUUUAUUAAUAGCAUAUUUAAAAGAUUGAAUACAUUUAAGAAAAUAUAUAAAUUAAAUCCAAAGAUUAAGCAGUUAAAUCAGAAUAAUUGAAGUCUUAAUACUCUAAAUUAUCAAAUAUUUUGAAUGAAUACAAGAAGAUAUUUGAUAAUAAUAGUACAGAGUUUAAGAAGUUUUGUAACAUUUAAUAAAUGGAAUUGGAAAUAAUUAAAUUAACAGAAACCAAUAAAAAUAUAGAAAUUGAAAGUAAUUCUAUAUAUUUUAAAUAGAAAAUAAUGUAAUUAAUUCAAUGGAAGAUUCAUUUAAGUAGAAACUCAGUGAUUUAAAUUCAAAGCUAGAAUAAAAGGAAAAAGAAUUAUAAAAUAUGAAAGAAUAAUAUUAAUUAGCAAUUUAAGAUAAUAUAAAUCUAAAAAAGUAAUAUGAGUAAGAUUAGAUCACAAUGAUAAAGAAAUUUGAAGAUGACUGUAAUAGAUUAUUAUUUUAUUCUAUAGAAAAAAAAGUAAAAUAGGACUUUAAUGAAAAUUUAACAUAAUUAUAAUAAGCAUUAAUCAAACUUGAUUAAAUUGAAAAAGUUAAAAUAGAAUAAGAAAAAUAAAACAAACUAGAAUUAGAAAAAGUAUAUUUUUAAUAAAUUUAUUAUAUUAUUUUUAGAUUCAAUAAUAUAACAAAUCAUUAUCAUUUUCAAAUACUUAUAAGCAUAAUAAUUGUUCAGUAAGUGAAGCAGGAAAAAUUUUAGAAUGUAGUGGUGGCAAUUGGAUUUAUUGUCUUUGUGAAUAAGCAAUUCCAAAGACUGGCAAAAUAUAGUUUGCAUUUUAAAUUAUAAGUGGAUCAUCUUUUAUGAUCGGAAUAGGAUUUAGAGAGAUUAUGUAGAAAAACAAUUAUUUGAAUUGUUAUUAAGUUGGGUAUGGGUAUAUAAUUAAAUUAUAAUAGAACAUAUUUAAUACAAUAUAAUGGUUAAACUUAUUCUCAUCAUAACAAAGAUAUACAUGGUAAAUAACUAUCAUUCUAAUUUACAACAAAUGAUAUAAUAAUAAUUGAAGUAUGUAUUGAACAUAAAUACAUUAAAUGGAUUAGAUAGAAUAAUGGAUAAGCAACAUUUGUUGUAAAUAUUAAAUCGAUUAUUAGUAGUUGGAUAUAGAUACAUCAUAACAAUUAUAUCCAUGUGUGGGUAGUUUAAGUAAUUGUAAAAUUAAAAUAUUGGAUAAUGUACCAUUUUUAUGA